AUGGAGAUUGGGGUGGAGGUCGAAGUGCAAAUAAGACCCCAGAAAUGGCAACGUGGUCGAGUUCUAAAGUGUUACAAGAACCCUAUGAAUGUAUCGGUUGACGUAAUCAUGAUUCAAUUGGAUGAUGGUAGUAUCAUUGAGCGUAGUGGCAAUGCGGUUACACAAGAUGUACCCGAUAUGAGACUUUUACCAACCGGACAGAGUCAACACUUUGAUGUCGAUGACCUAACCCAACUCAUUGAAUUGGAUGAAACAAUGAUUUUAUCCGCACUGGAAACACGUUUUAACAAGCACAAAAUUUAUACAAAUACAGGUGCUAUUUUACUGGCUGUGAACCCAUUUCAAAAGAUUCCAAAUGUUUACAGUAAAGACACAAUGACGGACUAUUUACUCUCAUUUGAAGCUCGAAAUUCAAGUUUAAAAGCUGGAGAAGCUUAUAAAGCCAUGAUGCUGGGUCGUAAUGGAGUUAUGAGUGAUCAAAGUGUUCUUGUGAGUGGAGAAAGUGGAAGUGGCAAGACGGAAAGUACGAAAUUUCUCAUGGAAUAUCUUGCACAAGCAGGUGCAACUAAUUUAGGAGCAUUCAUUGCUGGUAAAAAUUCGGGAGGAAUUGCUGCUAAAGUUUUGCAGACUAAUAUUUUACUUGAAUCAUUUGGCAAUGCACGGACGCUACGCAAUGACAAUUCCAGUCGAUUUGGCAAGUUUAUUAAGCUGCAUUUUACAAGUGGAGGUCGACUUACAGGUGCUAGUAUACAGACGUAUUUGCUUGAAAAAGUACGACUCGUGUCACAGUCAAAGGGUGAGAGAAAUUACCAUAUUUUUUAUGAAAUGGCAAUUGGAGCAGAUGCAGCAGCAAGAAAACGAUGGUUUUUAGAUCCAUCUAACGGUUAUAGUAUGCCUCCUGGAGACUAUGGUGAAGUGACGGACGCUACACGUCAAUUUUUGCACUAUCGAUAUUUAAACCAGAGCGAGUGCUAUCAACGUCGAGAUGGUGUCAAGGAUUCGGACAUGUUCCAACGAGUGAAUGAUGCUAUGGAUAUUGUGGGCUUUACACCAGCCGAGCGCACCGGUAUUUUUGACAUUCUGGCAGCCCUCAUGCACAUUGGAAAUUUGUCCUUUGAAUAUGACGACAAUAGCGACAGAUUAGGCCAGUCAAUGGGCCCUGGCGCCGGCAAGUCCGACCUGGCAUCUAGCUGUAUUUGGUCACGUGAUGCUGCGGCUUCACUUAUGGCUGUUGACGCUACGAAGCUGGAGCGUGCACUGAGUAUGCGCCGAAUUCGUGCCGGUAGUGAUUUUGUGAGCAUGAAACUUUCUUCAGCUCAGGCUAACAAUGCCCGUGAUGCACUUGCCAAGGCGCUGUACGGUCGUCUAUUCGACUGGAUGGUGACAAAGAUGAACCACUUUCUUAAAAUGGAUGACAGCCAAAAGGCAAAGGGCGGACUUCAUUCUAUCGGCAUUCUAGACAUUUUUGGUUUUGAAGUGUUUCCAAAGAAUUCGUUUGAACAGCUUUGCAUCAACUUUGCCAACGAGACACUGCAACAGCAGUUUAAUGACUAUGUAUUCAAGGCCGAACAGCGUGAGUAUGAGUCGCAAGGUGUCGACUGGAAGUACAUUGAGUUCUGCGAUAAUCAGGAUUGUGUAAACUUGAUAUCGCAGCGACCGACUGGAAUUCUCUCGCUUAUUGACGAAGAAUGUGUCAUGCCGAAGGGAAGUGACACAACGUUAGCAUCUAAGCUCUACCGCGCGUGCGGUAGCCACCCGCGAUUUGAAGCGUCUCGUAUUCAGCGGGCACGUGGUUUGUUUACAAUUAUACACUAUGCAGGCCAUGUAGAGUACUCUUCGGAUGGAUUCUUGGAGAAAAACAAGGAUGUUCUUCACCAAGAGGCGGUUGAUAUGCUCGUGUACUCUACACAAAAAGACAGCUUUGCUCGUACGCUGUGCGAAGGUAUUGGUGGUUCGCGUGAUCGUGCCAAGUCAUCUAUACGUCAACGGGCACAAACCAGCAAGAACCGUGGCGCAAGUGUUGGUCUGCAGUUCAAGGAGCAACUGACGACCUUGCUAGAGACGCUGCAGCAGACUAACCCGCAUUACGUGCGCUGCCUCAAACCGAAUGAACUAUGCAAAGCAGGCAUUUACGAGCGUGAACGUGUGUUGAAUCAGCUGCGCUGCAAUGGUGUGAUGGAGGCUGUUCGCGUGGCAAGAGCAGGAUAUCCGAUCCGUUUACCGCACGACGAGUUUAUUGCCCGCUAUUUCAGCUUGAAGAGGUCUAAGAAUCCUCUGCUAGCAAAAAAGCAAGUAACUUCGUUUGGCUUGCCCGAUACGGACUCGAACGAGGAAAUGACAAUCGUUAGCAGCGAGGCGAAGGAACUACUGAAAGACCUGCUUGAUGUGAUUCCAAAGGAAAACGAUGCAAAUCCACAGGGCGCUUGUGAACAACUUCACCAGUGUCCGUUUGCCAUGAAGUGCAUUUCAGUGGGUAUUCAAGCGGGAUUGUCGAAGAUGUUUAUGAAAAAGCGGACGUACGAACUCCUUGAAGAAAUGCGCUCGCAGCGCCUUCGUCGUCAUAUGAUUAAAAUAUUUUACGCUGUUUUGUGUGUGACCGCACGCAGACGCUAUUUGAAAUAUAUACAUGCUGUGAAGGCACUGCAAGUUCGAUACCGCUACAAGAAACAUCAGAAAUUGCGUCGCCGUCGCCAGAUUAUGAUGAUUCGGAGAAAAAAUGCCGGCAAAGUUCAGGGUUUCAUCCGGACGGUGGUGCAGCAGAAGAAGUAUGUGCGAUUUACUAGCGUUGUGCGGAUGCUGCAGUGUCGUUUCAGAUAUCGCCGAAGGCUGCGCGCGAAGCGCAGAGAAGCAGACCGUACCAGAAAGCUUGCAGACUUGCAACGUAAACAGCAGUUUACGCAGUCAUUGAAGACACAGUACACUGCAAGCUCGACGGCCUCUUCAGACUCGUCAUCCUCCUCAGUGACCUCUAACUCCCACGAUAUUGAAAGCUCUGGUAUCUCGGACAUGCCAUCGGACUACUCGUCCGAUGACCAAUUUACGUAUACCGACGAUUUUCCGAAGCACAAUCUCAAUACCGUCGACGAGCAAAGCAGCCAGCUAAUGCCUCGUGCGUCCCACCGCAUUUCCCUGCGCAAAACUCAUUCUAUUGACAAAAUCACCCCAAUGGGUGGACUUCGAGCAUCUUGUAUGACUGGUGGUGUCCACGACGGCAUGCUAGGACCCAAUAGCCAGCGAAAGUCACGGCUGCCCUCACGCAAGUCGUCCUUUCGAAGCACUCGAUCGUCUCGUGCAGUCGCGCUCCCGAGACUAGAUGUGAUCCAACACACCUCGUGGGUCAACGAUGAAGACCGCUUUAGCUGCCACAUCUGUAACAAGCGCUUCAACAUGUUUAAGCGUAAACACCACUGCAGAGCCUGUGGCGAGGUCAUUUGCAACAGCUGCUCUCUGUACCACCGGAUUCAGUCCCGGUCAAUGCGAGUAUGUGUGUCCUGUGUGGCAUUCCAUUCAUUAGACAGUCCUACGUCAGCCGGAUCGACUGGUUUUUUGCGCCCCGACGGUGGCAGCGCUUACUCGUCCAACUCGAGCCGAAAGACGUCGAAUGGCUCGGCCGCAGACCGAAAUCGCAGCAGUACGCUCAGCAGUGGCGUGUGGCUGAACCCGUGGCCCGAACCGCCCUACCCUUUAGACGAGGACGAGCGCCUGACAGUACUGCGCGAUCUCAAUAUCCGUGAGCUUGGCCUGUCUGGCAAGUUCAACAUGUAUUGCGAAGUUGCAGCUAAGACGAUGAAAUGCCCGAUUGCGUAUGUGAGUAUCAUUGAGGACGAGGAACAGCAUUUGGUGGCAAACAUUGGUAUGGCACACACGACGCUGCCUCGUGAGCUGUCGUUUUGUGCUCACACAAUUUGCCAGCCCAGUGUUCUAGUGGUACUGGACACCAAGAACGAUGAUCGCUUCCGUGAGAACCCGAUGGUCAAGGGUGACAAGGGUGCCGUCAAGAUUCGCUACUAUGCCGGUGCAACUAUUUUCUCGCGCGAUGGCCACGCUCUCGGUACGGUCGCGGUACUUGACACGAAGCCAAGGCGAGAAGUGGAUCAAGAACACAUUGGCAUGCUGCAGCACUUGAGCUUUUUAGCGAGUGAGAAAAUGACACAAAGCACUAUUCAAGAAGACAGUGAUACUGAGUUUCCAUGA